AUGCUGUGGUGCGCAAUACUCGAAUACGCAUCCGACGGUCAUGCAAGUAUCAAGGAUAACGCUGGGAUGCUCUCUAACUUCGAGGUCUUAGAUUUUCUCUCCGAGUCCCAGCAAAAAUCUCAGGAAAAGACCCAACGGACGAGGCAAACUGGCCACCGUCACUUACGAGAGCUAGAAAAGUUCUUGCAACUAGUGAAUCUCAGAGGCCGAUUGUCUCAAAUAAUAGAGAGAUGAUGAGCGUUUUUCAGACAAUAAAAUUGAAGAGAUUUUGGGAAUAGUUUCUUCCGAGCUUCCACCUUCUUCACUAAUGACGAAAACCCUGUUG